CUCAACAUUAAAUAGAUCUUCAUGAAGACCCAUUGCCCAAAAAACCACCAAUUUUCACGAACACUUUCAUCAGCUCAAAACAACCAUCACAAGUUCUGAAUCCGAAGAAGCCACCCUAUUUCACUUUCUGUCUUUUUUGAGGAGCCUUUAGAGAUGUUGAAACUGCUGAUCCUAUUUGUUUUACUGAUAAUAAUUGGGGUUUUGAGCUUCCCAUUCUCUUCUUCAACUCCCGUAGAUGUGAGGCCAGAGUCACCGGUUUCUUACCCAGUUCUUCCAGCUGAGCGAGAACCCAUUUUUCAGCUUCCUUCAAGCUCCAGUGCCCAUUCUCCAGGGACUGCAGAUGUCGGGGCAGUUCGGCAUAAAAGCAUGACAAAGAGCAUUCGGAUUGCUCUUAUUAUUUCCUCAUCCAUUCUUGGUGGGAUUGUGCUGUUGCUAUCUGGGUGUUGGGUUUACAGGCUGACUAAACUGAAGAUUUCCAAUGAAAAUUGGAAGCAGAAUGCAGGAUGUACCAAGAGACUUUCGUGUUCUCCGGUUAAGGAUAAAAAAUUGGCAACUCUUAAAGCCGAUGGUCGGAGGGGCUUAGUUUCUCUUCUGGAAUACCAAUUGUUACUAGCUGCUACUAACAAUUUUGCGGAUGAAAAUUUAUUGGGGGGAGGAAGAUUAGGACAAUUGUAUAAGGCAAGAUUUGGCGAUGGCUCUGAGGCAGCUGUUAAGAGACUUUCGUCUGGUGGAGAACAUAAUGCUCAAAAAGAAUUUGAGAAUGAGGUUGGUUUCUUGAGUAAACGUCAGCACCAAAACAUAGUUUCUCUGUUAGGGUACUCCAUUCAUGGCGAUAUGCGUUUCUUGGUGUAUGAAAUGAUGCACAACAGUUCUUUGGAAUUUCAGUUGCAUGGGCCUUCUCAUGGAUCAUCUUUAAGUUGGCCUCUCCGGAUGAAAAUUGCCUUGGACGUUGCGAGAGGAUUAGAAUACCUUCAUGAGCGUUGCUACCCCACUGUGAUCCACCGAAAUCUCAAGUCAUCAAAUAUACUUCUUGAUAACAACUUCAACGCAAAGAUAUCUGAUUUUGGCCUUUCCAUAACUGGUGCAAACAUAAACAAGAGCAAUGCCAAAAUUUCAGGAUCACAAGGCUAUGUUGCACCGGAGUAUCUCUUGGACGGUAAAUUAAGUGAUAAGACCGAUGUGUAUGCUUUUGGCAUUAUUCUUCUAGAGCUUUUGCUUGGGAAAAGGCCCGUGGAGAGAGUGGGAGAAACUAAGUGCCAAUCAUUAGUUACAUGGGCUAUGCCCCAGCUUACUGACCGAUCAAAGCUUCCUAAUAUUGUUGAUCCUAUCAUUAAGAACACAAUGGACGUAAAACACUUGUAUCAGGUUGCUGCAGUAGCUGUGUUAUGUGUGCAACCAGAACCAAGCUAUCGACCAUUGAUAACAGAUGUAUUACACUCUUUCAUUCCGCUUGUACCAAAUGAGCAUGGUGGGUCCCUUAGGGUAGUUGAUUUUGCGCUACCCACCACCGGAUUAUAGCUUCCUACAUUAUCUUCGAUCUCAGACCCUUCAAAUGCAUUUGCUACUUGAUUACACUAGGGAGACAUGACAAUGAUAUACAUGGCAUUUUGUUAACCUGUAAAUUGAGAAAGUAUUCGCUAGUUCAACAGGCCUUUCAAUCAUCUGUAUGUAUUUAUUGAGUGGGUAUGUACAGAUUACUAAAUAUGAUGUUGAAAACAAUGAAUAAGGUUACUUCCUGUUUGCCCUUUGCUACUUCUUUGUUUGAAAAUAAUGAAUAAGGUUGCAUGGAUCAGAAUCACAGACAAUAGUGGGGAUACCAGUGAAGAAGCAUAAUCCAUGAAGAACACUCUGGAGUCUGCAGAACAAAGAAUGAUUGAACCCGCGUUUCGGAAGAAUUAUUGAAGAAUGAAAAAAAGAAUGUGAGGUUU